AUGAAAAAGUUUGUAGUAUCUCUUCUCAUAUUAGUUUUUGUUCAAAAUGCUGUCCAUGGAAAUCAUUUUUAUGGUGGUUCAAUCAAUUGGUCACCAAUAAACAAUACUAAUAAAGUUGAAAUAAAUAACACAGUAAAAGUCAAUAUUGAACAGAAAUAUGCAUGGUCUAGAAAUACUACAACCACUGCGUGUAUGCAAUCAACGAUUUUAUCAUAUGGUCUUAUUGGUGAAGAUGUAGAUAAUACUCUGAUAUGUUUAUCGAACGCAACAGUAUGUUCACGUACUAAUUUUACAACCAAUAUAUCAAGUUUAGUUCCGUGUACUGAUUAUAAUACUGUAUUAGACAUGUCAUUUGGGCAUAGUCAAACAUCGAUAGAUUUGAACGUAUUAUCGGAAGGCCUAGUAAUUGGCUAUACAUCAUCAAGGGAUGGUUGGGUACCGUUGAAAUUAGGCGGAGGUAAUUGGAGCUUAGUUAUGUAUCUUAAUUUACAAGCACGUCCAGAUAAUGGUCUAAUUAAUCAUUCACCUACAUCAUCCAUGCCAUUAGUGACUUAUGUGCCUAUUGCAAACAACACAACAGUGUCAAUUGAUAUACCAAUGAAUGAUAGUGAUGGAGAUUUGAUUCGAUGUCGUUUUGCAAAAUCAAAUAAUAUAUUAGGUGGAAUUCUUGUAAAUGAAUGUCAAGAUGCGUGCUCCACUAUAGCACUUCCACCAUCGGCACAAUUAAUAUCAAUAGAUGAUACAUGCAGAUUAAAUGUCAAUCUAACAUUUGCUGGUACCUAUGCAAUAGCAAUUCAAUUCGAAGAUUUUCUUGAAAACUCUACUGAUAUACUCAGUUCAAUACCAUUUCAAUUUAUCUUAAUAGUAGUUGAUGAUUUAAGUAGUACAUUAAAUGGUUGUUCUUAUUUGCCGACAAUUAUCGAUAUCCAACCUGAUUCACCUCCGUACGAUUCUAUUCUAACUGUUCAAAUGAAUAUUCAAUAUACGUUUACAGUUAUUGCUAAAAUAGCUUGUUUAAAUAAUACAAAAGUAUCUAUUACAAAUUUUUUGACAUCAAGUCCGCAAGGCACCCUCAAAGGAGAUAAUAUAUAUCCACUAACAUCAACAUCAUAUGCUAUCAAUCAUACUUGGAUACCAACUAGUGAUCAAUUAUAUCAGACAUUUACUUUUUGCACCAUUGCAAUUGAUAGUCAAUUCUAUUCAUCGAAUCAAUAUUGUUUCUAUUUAUUUGUUGACAAUCAAACCAAACUAACAUCAAAUGAGUCAAUAGCGUUCGAUUCAAAUUCAGUUAUGCAAUCACUUCUGACACCACAACCACAACCACUGAGACAUCCGCAACCACUGAAACAACAACCACUGAAACAACAACAACCACUGAAACAACAACAACAACAACUGAGACAACAACAACAACUGAGACAACAACAACAACUGAGACAACAACAACGACUGAGACAACAACAACCACUGAAACAACAACAUCAACAUCAACAACAUCAACAACAACUUCAACCACCACCACUACAACAACAUCAACAACUUCAACCCCCACCACUACAACAACAUCAACAACUUCAACCACCACCACUACAACAACAACUACAGCAACAACUUCAACUACCACAACAACAACAUCAACAACAAGCACAACUUCAACAACAUCAACAUCAUCGACAACAACAACAACUUCAACCACCACUACAACAUCAACAACAUCAACAACGACAACAACAACAUUUACUACCACUUCAAUUACAUCCACUACGACCACUUCCGUCACCACUGUUCAAGCAAGUUUAUAGUGCAUUAGGAGCUGGUGCGACAACCUCGGAUUACAUUCCUUUAAUUCUUGGACUUAGUCUUGGCUUAGGUUUACCGUUAUUAAUUAUUAUUGGUAUUUUAAUAUCGUGUUGUUUAUGCAGGUGUUGCCUUGUUCCUCUUCAGGCAAUAAUACGUUCUCGAUACGGUAAUCGUAUUGGAGAAAUGAGUAAUGAAAAAAAUAAAUCUGCCGAUCGAGAAAAAACAAAAAGUUCCAGGAAUGAUGAUUUGGAAAUGAAAAAUCAAUUCGAAUUAAAAAAUAUUAACGACACCAGUAGGGAUGCUGCUCAUGCAUUAUCAAUUUGGGAUGAAAAUCCAGAACCGUUGUCGUUAGAUAAUUCAAAGAAUGACGAUCAAGAUGCAUCAUUUGAUCUUGGUCCGAUGACAACCACGAUUAUUUCGUUUUUAUCACCUUCUACCAAUAGUCUUGCGACAGAUGGUGCCGUAGAAAGAGUUGCACUCCCAUUAUUCCCACCGACACCAAUUCAACAGCAUAAAUCGGUUCUUUUAAAAGCAUAUUCUAAGCAACAGCAACAAUAUGAAGAAUAA